AUGGAUAGGUCAAAGAACAGUGGAGGUAGAAUAAGUUGGUGGCUUCCGGAGGCUAGACAGUUCUCCUAUUUCGUGGUUGAGAGGAAUGUGUGGGACAGUAUUAAAGGAUGGAAGGAUGUGUGGGUCAAAGCAGAUGGGGACAGAGGACCCAAGGGAGUGGGACAGAGCAGAGCCGUCGGAGGAGGGGGGGGGAGUAUUAAAAGGGUUGUGCGCCGAGGCGGUAGGGGAACGGAAAGCAGGAAAGCAGCUUUCCAACUGCCGACCAACUGGAGGAGUCAAACACGACGGGCACAACUGUGGUACAUGGAAUACAGCAUCCAUGAUGAGCUAUCCUCCCGAUUGAUGGAGAGAUGUAUGCAAGUAUCUAUCCUAAACCUUUGUCGAAAGUUGAGCGAAAAAAGAGAGAAAGCAAUCACAAUCAGUUCAAUCAAUCAACCAAUCAAUCAAUCAGAAGCAGGUUGGAAGACAAAAUGGACGAUGUGGGCGACGAUUGAACUCAGAUGUGGCGAUGGGGAAGGAGGCCAGACCCUGACUGAGGAUGCCUAUAGGGAGUCGAGUAGAGAUGAAGGCUCUGAGGUAAAUCGGUCUUGGUGUGGUUAUAGUAAAGGGGAACAAUGUCAACUAUACUUGUAA